AUGGGGGCUAGGAGCAGAGGAGGCACACGCAGCCUGCUCCUCCUCUCGCUCCACCUUCUCUGCCUCCGUUCCUGUCUGCGCUGCUCGGUCUCCGCGGCGGGCUCCGGCGACCCCUACGUCGGCGUCACGAUCGGCACGGCGGUAACCAACCUGCUGUCCCCGUCGGACCUCGCGGCGUUCCUCCGCGCGCAGCGCAUCACCCACGUGCGCCUCUACGACGCCGACCCACGCCUGCUCUCCGCGCUCGCCUCCUCCGGCGCCACCGCCAUCGUCGGCGUCCCCAACGACGAGCUCCUCGCGCUCGGCUCCUCCCCGGCCACCGCCUCCGCCUGGGUCGCCCGCCGGGUGCUCCCCUUCGCCGCCGCCAACUCAACCACCCCGGGCCUCAUCUCCGCCAUCGCCGUCGGCGACGAGGUCCCCACCGCCCUGCCCUCCGCGCUCCCCAUCCUCCUCCCCGCCAUCCAGUCCCUCGCCGCCGCGCUCACCGCCGCCAACCUCUCCUCCAUCCCCGUCUCCACCCCGCUCCCUUUCUCCAUCGUCCUCGAGCCCUUCCCCCCGUCCCAGGCCUACUUCAACCAGUCCCUCGCCAAAUCCUUCCUCCUCCCGCUCCUCUCCCACCUCGCCAACACCUCCGCGCCCCUCAUGCUCAACCUCUACCCCUACUACUCGCUGAUGCAGAGCAGUGGCGUCGUCCCCGUCGACAACGCCAUGUUCAAGCCGCUCCCGCCGUCGCUGGAGAUGGUCGACCCCAACACGCUGCUCCACUACACCAACGUGUUCGACGCCAUGCUCGACGCGGUGUACGUCGCCCUCAAGAACCUCAACGUCAGCGCCGGCAUCCCGGUGCUGGUCACCGAGACCGGGUGGCCGUCCUACGGGGACCGCAAGCAAGAGCCGUACGCCAGCAAGGACAACGCCAACACGUACAACUCCAACCUCAUCAAGCAUGUCACGGAGAAGCCCGGGACGCCUAUGCGGCCCGGCACGCAGGCGAGCGUGUACAUCUACGAGCUCUUCAACGAGGACCUGCGGCCGGGGCCGGCGUCGGAGGCCAACUGGGGGCUCUUCCACGGCAACGGCACGCCGGUGUACCUGCUCCACGUGACCGGGAAGGACGGUUUCUUGGGGAACGACACGACGGACCGGACGUUCUGCAUCGCGGCGGACGACGCGGACGAGAAGGCGGUGCAGGCUGCCAUGGACUGGGCAUGCGGCCCCGGCCGGUCUGACUGCACGGCGAUACAGCCCGGGGAGGGGUGCUACGAGCCCAACGACGUGCGGAGCCACGCCUCGUUCGCCUUCAACACCUACUACCAGUCGCAGGGCAAGGCCGGCGGCUCCUGCUACUUCCAGGGCGCCGGCAUGGUCACCACCACCGAUCCCAGUCAUGAUAGCUGCAUCUUUGUUGGAAGUAAACUGUAUAGCAACGUCACCAAAUCUGACGGUGCAAACACAACCACGACGCAGACAAGUGAUGCUGAAGGAUGUGCGGUAUGGAGACUGAGAACAGGAAGGGAGAAAGGUUUCUUGUCGGCCCUCCGUUUGCUGUUGAGCCUGAUGGUGGUGGUUAUCAUGACGAAUUCAAACUUUUGGACAUAA